AUGGAAACAACCGCACUUUCUGUUGAGCAACAAAUAAAGCAACUUGGCGAUGCACGCAAACUAGUUCUGAGCGACUCAAGCUACUAUCCACAAAUCAUACAAGGAAUUCUCCCAAUUGUAGCUCCAGCAGCUAGAGUAGAGUUGCGACGAUGGGUAUCCGACUUUUUGGCUGAGACCUUUGCAAGUCCAACUAUCCCGCCACAGCAGAAGGAGACCUUGAGUUUGAUUGUUCUCGAAACCUUGAAAAAUUUGAUCGAGAAUCAACAGGAAGAUCCUACGGUUGUUAAGAGUGUGGUACAGACCGCUACGAGCAUCUAUCCGCACGUCUUCAGAUGGAUUAUUAACAACGCCUAUGAUAUACCAACCUGGGAACGGAUGCUUGCAAUUAAAUCACGAAUACUUCGGAUCUGGGAAACAUCAACCCCUGGCGUACGCGUAUGCUGUAUAAAAUUCGCACAAAGAGUAGUCCUCGUUCAGACGAAAGGUCCUGACGCGAACGCUAAACACGGCGAUCCAGAGGAAGUUUCUCUUACAGUGAUCUCCCCAAAUAAUGCGGUACUUGACCCCAAGAAUCUAGAAGCUGAGGCAUCCGGACUCCUUGAUCGUGUCUUAAGUGUCUUUCAGGAUAACACUUGCGAUGCGGUCCCAGUCAAUGCCACUCUCAAUUCUCUUUCUACCUUAAUACGCGCCCGACCUCAACUAUCAAAUAAGAUACUCAACGUUAUACUAAACUUUAAUCCUCUCAAAGAAGCAACUUCAAAUAUGACUCCUAGGACACGUGUGGCGAUAAAAUCCAUGGAGAAAACUACCAGACAACUUCUUAUCCACAUUAUAAAGCGUGACCAACGUCAUCCUCUAAUUGGACGGAUCCACCAAUACCUUGAUCGGAUUAUCAAAGCAAAAUCAGAGAUAUUUGAUGAUGCUACUCGGAAGCGCAGUCCUCCAGGGCCAACAGAUGUAGCGGAAUCAACAAAGCGUUCAAAACCAGUAGCUCCGACCAAACCACCUGCGAGGGUAUUACAAGUGCCGUCCCUAAAGCCUGGCGCUCAUUCUGUCGCGGAUCUAUAUACAAUUACAACUGAUGCAUCACUUAAGGUUUUUGAUGUUGCUAUCUUGCCGGAAGACUUGGUGGUAAACAUUGGAAUCACAAUUUUGCAAAGAAUUGAUACAGAAUUACUGAAUCAAGCUGUCGAGGGUAUUCGCCAAAGGUUAAAAUCCUUAUGUGCAACCUCUGCCUCUAAAACCGAAGUUCCAAUCGUGCAAUCCUCAGUUCCAUACGCAGAUGAGGAUGACGAUGAUUACGAGCCAGACUUAUUCUCUACAGAAGAACCCGAACAAAAAGUUAAGUCACCUGAUGCUGAAUCUUCCAAAUUCCAAAAGCCAGAAGUUACUGAGGUAGCCCUUGGAACGUUUUACCUCCCGACUCCGCCUCCUCUAUCUCAUGAAGAAGCAGCUCAAGUUGGACACAGUACCUUCUCUAGAGUAUUCGGUGUAAUGCAAACUUUAGAUGAGCGGGGGAAAAAGUUAAAGGGUGGUCUAAAUAGGCUAGCCGCGAGUAAUUAUGAUAGAGACGCAUGGAUCACCAUAAUCACUCGCUUAGCCACACGUGCUUCAGCCAACCUAGAAGAUAAUGGCGGCUUCAAAAUGGAUCUUAAUUUGAGAACAUUUAGUCUCAGCAACACCAUCCGCGAAACUCUCUACAUAUAUGUGCUCGAGGAUUUUCGCAAGCGGAUGGAUAUAGCUGUUACUUGGCUGUGUGAAGAGUGGUACAAUGACAAAGUGCAAAUGAAGCUUUCUGUAGAUGCGGUAGCUCAUUACGAGAAAUGGACAAUCAGGAUUCUUGAUGGUUUUCUCCCCUAUCUAGAUGGACAGGAUCGAGGGCUAGUCAUUAAAUUUCUUGGUGAUAUUCCUGGGGUAAGUAAAGAAACAUUGACUCGGAUCAAAGGGCUCUGCCGGGACCCUGCCACGGUAAAUAUGGCCCUACAAAGCCUCCUAUUUUUGGUGGCUUUCAAACCACCAAUCAGGGAACUUGUUCUUGAUGUCAUCGAGGAUAUUUGGAACACAUAUGAAGACACGAGGCCGAUUGUCGUGAAGCUAUUUGCCAAAUGGCGACCGGGGCUUGGGACCUCCUUCACAGAUGGAUUCAAAGAGGAAAGAAAUGUAGAGACGUCAGAGAUCGCUGCCGUACCUGUGUAA